CUUCCCGGAGCGUAGCUACGUCAGUUUGAAUUUUAUUUCUAACAGUAUCGCGCCACACCAGUUUCAGACUAAACAGCUUGAUUACAAUGCCAAUAAAUAUGAAAAACAUUAUUUUCAUGGCUUUGGUAGUUUACACUUCGGCGUUACCAAAGGAUACUAGUGAAGCCUUGCAACCUCUUCAACUUUCCGAGUUCAUCAACAAUGCCCAAAAGAACAUUAACAAUCUGGCUGCCAAUAUUAAGAAUCAGCUUAACAUUCCUGAUCAGGAUACUGUGGUCAACACACUGAAAAAUCAGAGUUCAACAUUCGUUAAUAAUGUUCAACAGUAUAUCACUUCAGUGUCUGAAGAGGUCAAAAGUAAGACUCCGGAGCUUGAAAAACUUUGGGCCGAUGUUAAAAACAAAUUAAGCAAGGUUAUCGAAGAUAUUAAUGCGAACGUUCCAAACGCAAAAGAAUCUGCCGAGAAACUUCAAAAACAAUUUCAAGAAGGAGUUGAAACUCUUGUAAAGGAGUCAAAUACAAUUGCCGAGGCAUUUAAACAAAAUUCAGGUCAUGUUAAAGAAGAGAUUGCUGGAUUUACAAAGAAAGCCGUAGACAUUGCUGUCGAAGCGACACAAAAUUUAAAUGAUCAACUUAAAAGCGCUGCAAAUCAAGCAACUAUUGCCAUAGAUAAGAAGAAUUAAAUCUUUGAACAUUAUUUAAAAUGUCCACCUAUUUCCACCACUCUUGUAUACAAAGUAAAUCUUUAUUCUAUGUCAAUUUCAUCAGAAUCUAUAUAUUUGUGAAAUAAUAUCGAUACUGUAUAAUAACUGUAUGUCAUAAUUUGCAACGUAUGCAUAAAAUAUCCAAGCUAAUAAAUAUGUGAGAAAAUUAUUUUUUAAAAAAG